AUGCCACCAGUCAAAGCAGGCGGUCAUGAUGAAGUCCUCCAGGUCAUUACAAUAUCAGACAUCACAAACCAAAUAACGGCAAAUGCUCAAGCGUUGUAUCCUAGAGAAAGGAACCUCAAAGUCGUGACAGCACGCUCGCCCAAUGGCAUGAUACAUUAUUGCGCCAUUGUUGGCGAAGAGGUUGUGGAUCCAAAAUACCCAAAGAUCGCUGCUGCGACAAAGGUCGUGCUGCAAGGCGACAGUGCUACAGACAGGCGUACAGCCAUGAUGACUUUGCUGGAACAGACUGAGAAGAAGGUCGCAAAGGAGAUAUUGAAACGAUGA